CUGAAGUGUGAGAGGACUCCACACUGAAGCGCUGGAAAUGCUCUCUCUCCGGACUAUUCGAUCUCUGGUUGGACAAUGUCCGGUGCUGAUGUGGUCUCUGCGGUGGAAGGAGCCUCUGGUGUGUUACCGUGUACUUUCACCCACCCACCUCCUGAUGUCGCCCUGAACGGCUCCGUGAUCUGGUACAGGGUGGAACCAGGUGCUAAAAAACUGGUGUUUAACUGCACAUAUCCCGGUUCCGGCCCCUCCGGGUGCGAUACAACGACACAGGAGGCUGGAGGAGGGCGGUUCGGAUUCGUGGGGAACCUCAGUCGGAGAGAUGCCUCGAUAAUGGUGGAGCGACUGAACCGGAGUGACGGUGGUCGGUAUUGGUGCCGGGUGGAGCUCAAUGUUGGCAAGUUUCGAACGGUGCUUCUAACAAAUCUGUCUGUGGGAGCUCCCAAUGAGAGUGUCUCUGUGAUGACUGGAACUGAGGGAGCUUCGGCCACGUUACCCUGUGUGUUCACACGGCCUCGGCAGAGCCUCACCGCACACACGGUGACGUGGAUGAGGAAGGAUCCCUACCGAAUCAUCGUCACAUUCAGGCACCAUGGAAAUGGAUCGUGGGCAGCGGAAAACGGAGUGACUCGGUACGAGCUCGUCGAGGACCCAGAGCUGGGAAGCGCCUGGAUCAGGAUAAAGCAGCUGAGAGUGGAGGACAGUCACAGCUACCUGUGUCUGGCUGAGUUCAGGAACAUGAAGCAUGAUUAUUCAUCCUACAGAGAGCACGUCACACCUCCAUUUAUACAUGUGUUCCAGAGUGAGAUCCGGUUGCAGGUCAGACCAGGGACAGGCGCUUCUGAAACCGUGCUGAUGUUGUGUAUCCCACUCGGACUGAAAACUCUCGCCCUUUUAGUGAUGGGUGCCGUUCUCUACUGUGACAAACUCAGAAAGCGACAAGACUGAUCCACCGCAGGAGACUGAGAAGACCGGUUUUCCAACCACAAGGUGCAGACGCAACAAGAUCCAACGAGAACACCAUGUUCCACAUGAAGAAAUGUUAUCUGUUUUUAAUUGACCUCUUCCUACAUUGACUCUACAACCUGUUGCAGAAUUCUGGGCUGAACAUGCCAAAUAUGUAGAACUGGAGAACGAUCGUAGAUAGAGGCCUAAUUAAGGCGGUGGUAAACGCUGCACAGACAGCAAUCACUAUUGGGCUGAGGACAGUGAGUGGGGCGUGUGGCCAAUUGGUGAAGGCUUUGGGCUAGUGAUCUGAAGGUCAUUAGUUCGAGCCCCAGCUGAGGCAGUGUGCAACGCACUUAACCCCACACUGCUCCUGCACGUUUAUAGCCCAGUGGCAGCAGUUGGUGUAGUAUGGACAGGAGAAGACAGUGAGUAGGUGUGAUGUCGACCUGAACUGGUCAUCUUUUCUGAGUCUCAGUCUGGAAAUUAUCUUUGAGGGAUUCUUAAACAAGGUCUCCCAAGUCAUUUUGCUCAGCUGCUUUUUUUGUAUUUUCUCUGUAUUUUCUCCCCAUUUAAAAAAAAUAGUUAACCUUUCAUUUAUUCUGCCAAUGUGUAUGACCAUACACUUACCGACAAUGCAUUCCAUCUCCACUUGUUUCCCCAUUCUCCUAAUCUGUCUAGGUCCUUCUGUAGUCAUUCCACUUCCUCAAACCCACCUUGCCUUCCACAUAUCUUCGUAUCAUCUGCAAAGUCUGCAUCAAAGCCAACAAUUCUAUCAUCCAAAUCAUUAACGUAUAAUGUACAAUGAAUUGGUCCCAACACAGGCCCCUGUGCAACAUCACGAGUUACCGGCAGGCACCCAGAAAAGGCUCCCUUCAUGCGAGGGGAUCUCAGUGGGCUAGGCAGCAUCUAUGGAAAAGAGUAAGCAGUCGAUGUUUCUGGCUGGGACCCUUCAUACCCUGAUCUCUUUUAUCCAUGUUAGGAUAUUCGAUGUAAUACCUUGGGCAAUGAAUUCCACAGAUUCACUAUACCCUGACUAGCGAAGUCCUCCUCAUCUCUGUUUUAAUAGGACACCCCUCUAUUCGGAGACUGUCCCUUCUGGUCCUAGACUCGCCACUAUAGGAAGCAUCCUCUCACCAUCUCCUCGAUCUCGGCUUUUCGACAGAAUGCAAUGAGCUCACCCCCUCCUACUCUGCUAAACACCAUCGAGAACAGACCCAGAAUCAUCACACUUUCCUCUUAUGUUAACCCUCUCACUCCCUGAAUCAUUCUCGUGAACCUCUUCUGGAACAUCUGCAAUGCCAGCCCAUAUUUUCUUAGAGAAGGGGCCCAAAACUGGUCACAAUGCUCCAUGGCCCCAAAUAUAGCAAGAUGUAGUUUAAAGUUUGAUGUGUGUGUGUGUGGGGACGAAUGUAUUGUGGAGUGGGCAGAGGUGCAGCUUAUAAGAGUUGGCAAGUUUGAUUUCCACAGAAUAUGGUGAGUGCAUUAAGACACACUGUGCUGUUUUUUCUUUAAGUUCGAAGAAACGUUUUGGGCCUAUAUCUCCAAAAAGAUGUGCUUUCUUUGGAGAGAGUCCAGAGGAGGUUCACGAGGAGGAUUCCAGGAAUGAAGGGGUUAACAUACGAGUUCUGUUUGGCAGUUUUCUGCCUGUAUUCGCUGGAAUUUAGAAGGAUGUGAGCAGAUCUCAUUGAAACCUAACGAAUGUUGAAAGGACUAUAUAGUGUGGAUGUAGAGAGGAUGUUUCCUCUGUAGCAGGUAACCAGAGCUAAGAGGCACAGUCCCUAAACUGAAGGGUGACCUUGUAGAACAGAGGGAAGCAGGAAUUUUUUAGCCAGAGUAUAAACCUGUGGGAUUCUCUGCCACAGACUGUGGUGGAGGCAGAGACUGUGGGCAUAUUUAAAGCAAAAGAUGAUCGUUUCCUGCUCGGUCAGGGCAUCAAAUGAUUUGGUGAGAAGGCAAGUGUAUCUGGAUCAGCAUUGAUGGAAUGACGGAGCAGACUCAAUGGGCUAAAUGGUCUAAUUCUGCUCCUGUGUCUUAAUGUUUUAUUAUCUAAUGAUGAAGUGAAGUUGAUGAAGUCAUUCCGUUUGGUUCAUGAGCCUGAUGCUUGAGGGGUAAUAAGUAUUCCUGACCCUCGUUCUGUCAGUCCUGAGACCCCUGUACCUUCUUCUCAAUGGCAGCAGUGAGAGGGAGCAUGUCCUGGGUGGUCGGGGUCCCUGAUGACAGAUGCUACUUUCCUGCAUCAGCCUCCUGUGUACAUGUGUUCAAUAGUGGGGAAGGCUGUACCCGUGAAGGACUCUGUCGUAUCCAUUACAUUUGUAUGAUUUUCCGUUCAAAGGCAUUGGUGUUUCCCUGUCAGGCUGUGACGCACCCGGUCAAUGUACUCGCCACCACACAUCUGUAGAAGUUUGCCAACGUUUUAGAUGUCGUGCCGAUACUUCGCAAACUCAUAAAGAACAAUACAGCACAGUACAGGCCAUUCGGCCCACAAUGAUGUGCCAACCCUUAAACCCUGCCUCCCAUAUAACCCUCCACCUUAAAUUCCUACAUAUACCUGUCUAGUAGUCUCUUAAAUUUCACUAGUGUAUAUGCCUCCACCACUGACUCAGGCAGUGCAUUCCAUGCACCAACCACUCUGAGUGAAAAACCUUCCUCUAAUAUCCCCCUUGAACUUCCCUCCCCUUUACCUUAAAGCCAUGUCCUCUUGUACUGAGCAGUGGUGCCCUGGGGAAGAGGCACUGGCUGUCCACUCUGUCUAUUCCUCCAAAUAUCUUGUAUAGAAGUAGAGGUGCCUUGCAAUUUCACAUAGGUGGCGGGUCCAGGGCCGAUUCUCGGAGAUAAAAACACGGAGGAAUUUAGAGUUGCUGACCUUCUCCACCUCUGAUCCUCCCAUGAGUACUCGCUUAUGGAUCUCUUUGUUCCUCCUUCAGAAGUCAAUACUCAGCUCCUUGGUCUUGGUGACAUUGAGUAAGAGGUUUGUGUUACAGCAGCCUCCCUCGACAUUCCACCCUCGCCAUUUCAAACAUACUUUGCUCCUGCCAGAUUCACAAACUCACUUUCUGCUUCAUGCUGUCAAAUACAUUGCUGUGCUAAAGUCUUCGGCAUCCCAGGUAUAAGACUUUUGCACGCUACAGUAUCUCAAUGUUAUAAGACUGUUGAUAAUUGUAAGUUUAGAUGGUUUCUUGAUCUCACAAUUCAUCCUGUCAUGGCGUCGCACUUCCUGGUUUGCCUUAUAAUAGAAACAUAGAAAACCUACAGCACAAUACAGGCCCUUCGGCCCACAAAGUUGUGCCGAACAUGUCCCUACCUUAGAAGUUACUAGAUUACUAGGCUUACUCUGUUUUCCUAAACUCCAUGUACCUAUCCAAAAGUCUCUUAAAAGACCCUAUCGCAUCCAUCUCCACCACCGUUGCCGGCAGCCUGUUCUGUUGGUUAGGAAGUCCAUUUAAUCUAUUUGCACACUGCAAUGAACUGAACCUUUAUUGUUAAUCUGCUUGAAGCCUUUCCAUCACAAGAUGAAAAGAAAACCCCAGUUCAGUGAGCUGUACUUAGCAGGACAUAGUGACACAGUAAUUAGGGAUCAUUGCUUUAUCAGAGGCGUCUUUUGUUGGAAAAACACUAACAUUCAUUUGAAUAUCCUACCUCUAAACAUACGUAUCUUUACCUCCCCCCCCCCCCCCCGCUUUCUAUAGGGAUCGCUCCCUCCCCACUAAUCUCGCUCCUGGCGCUUAUCCCUGUAAGCAGCCUAAGUGUUGUACCUGCCCAUAUACCACCUCCCUUCAGGGCCCAAGGCAGUGCUUCCAGGUGGGACAACACUUCACCUGAAUAUCUGCUGGGGUUGUCUAUUGUGUCCAGUGUGGCCCCAAUGUGGCCUCUUCAACUUUGGUGAGACUCGUCGUAAAUUGGGGGACCGCUUCAAAGAGUACCUCCGCUCCAUUCGCCAGAAGAGGAACUUUACGAUGGCUGAACAUUUUAAUUGUAUUCCCAUUCCUGUUCUGAU